CAUUAACUUUGUUUACUCUCAGACAAUGGACUUGUCCUUGCUCCCUACUCCAGUGAGUGAGUGCAAUAAGCAGAGGACAGGAGCACGCUUCACUGUCCGCUCGGCUAACUCUCCCUCAUACGCUCUCAUUCGCAGGCCAGGUGUUAGGAAACCCAGAGGUUUUUCCAAGGAUGAGAGGGAGGGUACUGAAGAAGUUGGAGAAAGAGAGAGAUAUGAAACAAACCCUGGCACAAAUGGUAGGAAUAAGGAGGAGGACGGAGUCGCUGGAUAUCAAGCAAGGACUUGGUGUCACAGCAGUGUCAAGGGUCAGUGUGAGGAGAAGAAAACAUCUGGCCAUGAAAUGUCCCCCAAGCUGAACCAGAAUGGCACAGGAGACAAAAUGAUCACUGAGGUUGGCACUGAAAGAAGUGAAAACCCUGCAUUUGAAAGUCGGGGCAGGACAGAGUGGAGGAGAAACAACCUGCAGAGUAGAAGUAAGAGUUUAGAUUGGAGAAUGGAGGCAAAAAGUCCUGGUCGGGGCACCAGAGCGGACAUGCUGUCGAAUAAAAAAGGAGGGGACAUCAAUAAACAGGCUGGAGGCCUGGAUGAAAGAAGGACAGGAGCUGAGGGUGCAAGUAAUGUUGUUCGAGAGAGGAGCCUAGAGAAUCACACGAGCCAGACUUUGGACAGGGCCAGCAGGGGUCAUUCUCUCCUCUCCAGGUUGACGUCCCAGACUGGUGCAGGCUCUAGGUUCACAGAGGCAGCUAUUUCGCUUGGGCCCACAGGAGGUCAGAGUAUACUGGAGCGGAUAGAGAAACUCUAUGGGUCUGCUGGUGUUGGUAAAGCUGAAGAUUACAGCAAAAUUAGGGACUUCUCUAACUCUGCAACAAAUGUAGACUCCCUUAAUUCGCCACAGCAGAGGUCAUAUGGGAGGGCAGCAGGGGGAACCUUCCCCAGAAGCUUCUCAUCAGGAGAGAAAAAUAACUUCGGUCCAGUGCCAAGCAGUAAAUCAGUCACCUGGACACCUCAAAAAGAUACCUCAGGUUCUGACAGUUCACUUUCUCCAGGGAGAAGCAGGAGAUUGUCAGGGGGACAGUGGCAAGGACAGACCCAGGGUAGGUAUUCAGAGGAAGGUGGUGUUAACUGGGGGAAAGGGUUAGUGGAAAUAGGAACACGGUCUCUGGAUAGAGCAAGGAGUAGGAACACUGUAGCAGCUCAGAUUAGAUCUGCCAGGGCUGCAGGAGGGAUUACUGCACCUCCAGAUUCAGCAGAGAAGACAUCAGUUUCUAUCAGAGAUUCGUCCAUGUUCAGAGAGGAAAGAGCAAAUGCGAGUAAGGAUCAGAGCAGGGUGAACCACGGAGAGGAAAAAGGUGAGACCAGGGGAAUAAAUGGGAAGAAAGAGACAGAUGAUGGUGCAGAAGAUGAAAUGAAGAGUGGUAGUACUGAUGCAGAUGUGUUUGAGUCAAAUCCACAGAAAAUUACACUGAAAACAAUAGAGAGGAAGAAGUUCCCGGAGACGUUGCCGGUCUCCUCUGCAGCUAGUGUGAGAAAUAAGAUCAAUCAGUUUGAAGCUCUGUCACAGAGAGCUCAGGGUUUGGCAACAGGACAGGUCCUGAUGCCCAGAAGAGCCUUGUCUGUGCCAGCACCACUCAACAGGGGCUAUGAUGGACUGCAGAAGAGCAGAUCAGCAAAAGCAAUAGGUGGAAUGAAGGACAAGUGUGAGGGACUGAAAGAAGGAGGGGAGGUAGGUGAUAAAGCUGAAGAGAAAGUGACAGGAGCCGAAAAGAAGCUUGUGUCAGAAAGGUCUUUAUCACUGGACGAGAUUGGACUAAUAUUAAGGAGGAAAGAGAGAGAAGGGAAUGAUUUGGCUGAGAGUGAAAGAAAAGAAAAGGAUGGCCGUAACAACUGUGAUGAAGAUUUUGGUAAAUAUUCCAGACUCAAGAGUGCACUUGAAAUCCCUCUAAAUGGAGGAGCUCAAAGACACCAUAGAAACUUUUACAUAGACGAGACAGAUUUCUCCACAGUCUCAAGCCCUGAGGAAGCAAGCAAGAAAGAUAUGACAGCCAACAAUGCACCAUCCCGGCUACUGUCUAAUUCUAGUGACACCUCCACUAGGUUGCAGAAAACGACACCCUCUGGGAUUACGUCACCUGUUAGUGAUGAUGACAAGACUCCAACAAACACCCCUAACCACUCACCCCUUCUCUCACCUAUCGCACAACUGGAAAAUGCCUCUCCCAUUGCAGAUAGAUAUGAGAGUGCUUCAGGCCUCAGACAAGCAGCCAAAACUCCCGAUCCAGACUCGCCACCUCUCCCUCUUCCCCAUGCCACCUCCUCCCACAGCAACCUCGCCAAUCUCAUCUCUCCAGAUGUCAACACAGCCCACCGGAAAGGGAAAAAACAGGUAUUGGACCUGGAUGCUUGGGUAGCUGGCUUGAACUCAGAGAUUAGGGUCUGGAAUGAUGACGAAGAUGAUUAUGAGGAUGAUGAUGAAAGUACGCAGAAAGAUGAGGAUUCAAACUAUGAUUCAGACUCCGGAGAGUCCUCAGUGACCAUCACCAGUAACAUGAGCCAGUCAGAUCGUAGGAGCUUCUGUGUCAGUCUCUCCGACUUGUGUAACUUUGCUGGAGUCGACUACGAGUCAGAAAAUGACAGUGAUGAGUGGCAGUCAACUGGCCGGCGGUCCGCCUCACUGAGCUCAGACGUGUCUGCCCUCUCCUAUGUGUCUGUGAUGCCCAGUGAGGAGCUUGACAGGCUGCUGGAGGAUGUCAGGAGCCUGGGGGACAACACCCUGCAGGACUAUGACAAUGUGCAGGUGGUGGUUCUCCAUAAGGAGGUGGGAGUGGGACUGGGCUUCAGUUUGGCAGGAGGCGUGGACCAGAACAAGCCAGUCACUGUCCAUAAAGUUUUUCCCUCAGGUUUGGCAGCUCAGGAAGGCUCCAUAAGGGAAGGGGACCAGGUCUUGUCAAUCAACGGCACAUCGUUGUGUGGCUACGCCCACUGGGAGGCUCUGAGGGUGCUGAGAAGGGCAAAGACUCGUGAAAUGGGAGUGGUGGUCCUGAGGAGAGGAGGUGUUAGCAACGCCUCUAAGAGCGGAGUGCAGACAAAUAAUCAGGGACCAACACAGUCUCAGUUCACCGAGACAGGUCAGCAUUUGUGCGUGCGUUUGGAGAAGAAGAGCAGGGAUCUGGGCUUCAGUCUGGAGGGAGGUGUAGGCUCCAGUCUGGGGAACAGACCACUCACUGUACAGAAGAUCUUCCAGGGAGGUCCAGUUGACAAGGUGUAUCCCGGUGAUGAGGUCCUAGAGAUUGAAGGUGUGAGCAUGGUGGGGAUGAGGCGCCUGGAAGCCUGGACUUUGAUCAGAAAACUAGCCCCUGGGCCUGUGGACGUGGUACUACGUCGCCCUCAUAAACAUAUGGAAACAUGAGGAUUAUCGAAGUGUUUUGUGGACAGUAAAGUUCAGGGAAUGAGGGCGAAUAAGAAACUAAAAGCCAUCCAUGAGACACAGCAUUGCCUGCAGUGGCAAAGAACAUGACAUGAACUAACUGGCAAUUGGACCAUUAAAACAAUUUGACAGUUUGUUAAUACAUAGUCAUUAUAACAAAGUCCUAAAGAAACAUUAUCUUGGAGACCAAGCCAAAAGUGUGUACUUUUCUCACUUCUCUCUUUUACAAGAUUACAUCUACCUCUAGGCCUGGGAUAUUUCGGCAUAAUUCAAAUGCACUGAUGGCUCAUACACUUACUAAAUAAACCAACUUUUAUACAGAUAGUUCGGUCAGUUAAAAACUAAUAAUGUGGAACUAUAAAUGAAAACACAUGUUGUAACAUAUUGUAAAUA